UCGUCAUUCGCCGGCAACAUCUCUCCCUCCUCCGUUCCACCACACCCUGGCGAAAUCCUCCUACCACCGCGUUCUCGUGAUGGUCGGCUGGCAUUUCCCGCCGACCUUCACGAAGAAUCCUUUCCUUUAUAUUUAUCCUGUAACCUGACCAGAACAGUUAAUGUGUCACGCCGGCCCUCCCCCGGUACCAUCAUUUUAUAACCUUACAGUUCUUUUAUCAUUCUUAUCGCCAAUUUUGUUGCCAUUCGUUUGUAAUAAGUCUAACUUUGUUGUUGAAAAAAAUAUGCGAUAUUCUUAAUAACCAAGUUCUGGCAGUUCUAACCUGAUAAAAGAAGUUUCAAAGUGUGCGCGAGUGCAUUCCGAUGGAGGCGAAAUGUGGGCACGCAUCCCCAUCGCGUGUCUCUUGACACUACACUACCACGUGGCAAGGCCGCGGUAGUAGAAGAAUUCCGCCAACGGAAACUUGUGACAUUCGUGAAAUACCAGGUGACCGAAUUCCAAGAAGGAUCGAAAACACUGGUAACCCCGAUGUUGGUAAGUGACGUUGGAUCGCCUCGAGAGCUGCUUCCCAUAUGUGCACAUCUACCUGGCCUGGCAUAAUGUAAGAAUCCUCGAAAGCCUUUGUAAAUAUCCGCGACGAUAUUUUCACGCUACGGUGUGGCGUAGUAUCGUCAGCGAGUUGGUCGGAAGAUCAGAAAAUAUUAUUUAUUGCAGUGACACAACAUUUUGAACAAGACCACCGUCCAAACGCAAUAGACGACAAACUUUAAUAAGUGACGUCUUUCUUAAGUAAAAAUAAUAAUAAUUAAACAAAAAUUGCGCUCUCCCCCUGUUUGAUAACAUAAGCUUCUAAAGUGCUUCAGCUAUUUCAAGUUAUAAUCUAGUGUGGUAAUAAUUGUCACGACCAAAUGAGCCCAGUGUAUGUAGUGUGAUAAGCAGUGAAAAUUUAUUUCCAUGUGUAAAUUAUCUACUUUAAAAGUGAGUUUAAAUGAAAGAGAAAAUAGUGAAAGAUAAGUGAUAUCAAUGAUCUUACACAAGUACAAAUAAAAUUUAUUUCUAAUCUUUAAAAUAAGCGGAAUAAGCCGUGAUCAAGUUCAGUGUAUAUAAAUCUUGUGUCAAUAAGUGUAUCAAUUAAAGUAAGUGACAAAGUGUGGGAAUCGGUAAUAGUACAAUAGCAUGAGUUCUUACUUCGCGAAUUCAUAUAUCCCAGACCUGCGCAAUGGCGGGGUGGAACAUCCCCAUCAGCAUCAGCAGCAUUAUGGUGCUGCCGUUCAAGUACCUCAACAAGGUCAGAGCGUGCAGCAACCACAACAGGCUGCAGAUCCAUGCGAUCCAACAAUGCUCAGGCAAGGAGUUCCAGCUCAUCACUAUGGUGCUGCAGGAACUCAACAAGGCAUACCUUACCCAAGGUUUCCACCUUACGACAGGAUGGAUAUACGAAAUGCUGCUUAUUAUCAGCAGCAACAAGACCACACAACCCUCGAUGGAAUGGCGGGCUACCGGUCAUCAUCACCAGGAACGGGAAUGGCACACAUGGGUCACACACCCACACCAAAUGGCCACCCAUCUACCCCAAUCGUUUAUGCUAGCUGUAAGCUCCAAGCAGCGGCAGUCGAUCACCAAGGUAGUGUCCUCGAUGGCCCAGAUAGUCCGCCACUCGUGGAGACCCAGAUGCAUCAUCAAAUGCAUGCUCAGCAUCCCCAUAUGCAACAACAGUCUCAACAUCAGCAACAACAAACAUCUCAGCACCAACAUCUUCAGGCACAACAGCAGCAUAUGAUGUACCAACAGCAACAGCAGCAACAACCAAAUAGUCAAUCACAACCUGGUAGUUUACACGCUCAACAGCAAGCACAGGCGCAACAACAUCAAGGUGUUGUUGCGUCUCCACUAGGACAACAACAACAGUCUGCACCUCAGGGUGCAUCUAGUGCGAACCUACCUAGCCCACUUUAUCCCUGGAUGAGGAGUCAGUUCGAGAGGAAACGGGGUCGGCAGACGUAUACACGCUACCAGACUCUGGAGUUGGAGAAGGAGUUCCACUUCAACAGAUACCUGACAAGACGACGACGCAUCGAGAUCGCACAUGCUCUAUGUUUAACAGAGCGGCAAAUAAAAAUUUGGUUUCAAAACAGGCGGAUGAAGUGGAAAAAGGAAAACAAGACGAAGGGUGAGCCAGGCUCAGGUGACGGCGACACCGACAUUUCGCCUCAGACCUCACCGCAGGGUUGAGAGCCUGAAAGAAGAGUCGAGGUCUUCCAAAGAGCUUCUCAUCUCUCAGGGUCCCGCGAACCUUGUCUCCAACACUACCUCCAAUAAUCCCUUCCCGAGACUCAGUUGAUAACCUACUCUCUUUCCCUCUCUAUUUCUUUCUCUCUUUUUAAAAACAAGAAAAAAAAGGAAAACACACAAACCACCCCGAUCUCCUCUCUUAUGACUUGCAAAUGACCCCCUCAGUAAUGACGCUUAUCUUGUCGUGUUAAUCAAGUUGCUCGUACCAAAAAGAUGACAAAGAGAAAGAGUAUGAAGUGCAGUGGCUGAGAGGCGGCAGAUAAAGGAGCAGUCCGGCUAUCAAAAUUACGGAAGUCGUUGAAUAAAGUCACGGGAAUGCGCAAUUAUUUAAAAAAAAGAAAGAAAAAAAAUGAAAAAUGAAUGAAAUACGAUGAGAAUAAACAAAGGUAUGAUGUUUUAAUGAAUCUGGAUCACAUGCUAACCGGAACCGCGUUAACCUCUAUUAUGUUUAAUUGUAUGUAAUUUAUGAAAGCCUCCUUAGAGAUAUACAAAUAUAUGUAACUUCAUAAUAAGGCGAAAAUUCGAAGGAUGCUGUGAAGCAAAUGUAAUAUUGGAAUGUUUGAAAGAAUGAUGAUAUUAUUGCUAGUGUGAGAUUAUAAUAAUAUUAUUAUAAAUAUAUAAAUAUAUAUAUUGUGUGAUGUGAGAAUUUAUGAGAGAAUGUAAGUAUUAGUGUGUUCUACAAAGGAUAAAACCUGCGUUCAAGAUUUAGGAUGCGUUUCAUUAUUUAUUCUCGUACGUCGUACAUAUAAUUAUGUAAUGCGCACGUACUCGUUUGCUCGUGUAGAUAAUCUAUUAGCGAUAGAUGGACGUUAUGAUAUUUUAAAAAAUCAUUUAGAUAGUGUCUCUUAUACAACCGCGACAACCCAGCGAGGGUAAACAGAUUUGUAAUUCGUGCCAAUUUAUUAUCUCGACGCCUUUUUUACCAUGUAGCAGGUGCGAGGAAAAGAUGGGAAAUAACAACCUGCAUCCAAGUUAUGGCUUUAUUUUCAAUGAUAAACCAGUGAAAUUUCAGAUCUUUAUUUCAGUGCGCGGUUUUUUUUUUAUAGUCAAAUAUUACCAUUUGUGAAUGAUCAGUGGUCAAUUUUUACUAUCGUGAUUUAUUUAUUCUAGUUUUUUUUUUGUUAAUUUGAAACCAGUGAAUAUUUUUGUUAUAAAAAAAAAAAGUGUUUUUAAUUAUGUUGGGGAAUACUCAAGUGCUUUAAUCACGUGGAUUCAUCGAUGAAACUACUUCACAUUCAUUUAUGGAUUGAUCGAUUUCAUCCACAAGGUCAGUACUCAAAAUAUUGACUGAUUCCAUUUCUAAACUAUUUUUAAAUUAAUUUCUCAUCUUUUUUAAUUUAAACAUGGGAUGUUGAUGAUAAAAAAAUAAAUAUAAAUUUAUUUUAAAUUCAAUUUUUAAACAAUUAAUAUUGUUUG